UUUACAUUGUCAACUCAGUUGGUAAAGCCAAAUAGUUUUUUAAUACCCCGCCAAAGUUUCUUCAAAAACUUACCCCGUUGUUUAUAGAAACUAUGCAUGUGGAAAGUUCUCAUUGCAAAAGUUAAGAUAAAGUCUGUCAGUUUUUUUAUCUUUGUCCAAUGACUUUAAAAUCAUGUAAUGUUCUGCAAAAAUCCCAACUUGAGGAAAAUGAAAGGUGACCAACCGACUUCUUCACUUUUUUGUUUGUUUUUUUUUUGUUUUUAAGUGGAUAUUGUGAAUUCUAACACUUCCAGCUUGUUACAAAUAGUUUCCGGGUGUAAUCGACCUAGCCCGUUUUUGUAACUUAACAUGUGUGUUCCUGUUUGAAGUGACUCGUUAUUAAUCAAGAUUAUGGACCAUUUAGUAUUGUGUUACUAAAAAUAAUGUUUCCCUGAUAACAGUUGAGGAUUGCAAUGGAAACCUAACAGCAGAAGCCAUGACACCUUUCAUGAGCCUCGCCUUAUUUGUUGCCCUGUUCUUGCUCAACUCAGAUCGCAUUCAGAAAGCCAUUGAGAUAUGCAGCGAAUGUUUGAUUUUGCUAAAUGGCACCGAUCAAAACAGCAAGAACCAAUUUGAUUCAGCACUGCUACAAUUUUACAGCGACAUCUAUACCAUUCUUUUCAGCGCUUAUCGUCAUAUCUCUGACUACAUAAGUGCGGAAAGAUACGGAAGGGAACUGUUUGACUUAUACAGAGGGUAUGGAAUUAUGCUUUAUAAACUUGGCGAAAGCCUAAAAGCAAAGGAAUAUUUUAAGAGGGCCCUUGCCAUAACAACCAAAAUUGGCGACAGACGAGGGGAGGCAUCAUGUUAUGGAAACCUAGGUACUGUGUUUACGUCGCUUGGCCAAUACGACAAGGCUGAAGAGUAUCUCCAAAAAGCGCUUGUCAUCGCAACUGAAAUUGGCGACAGACGAGAGGAGGCAACUGACUACGGAAACCUAAGUACUGUGUUUCUAUCCGUUGGCCAAUACGACAAGGCUGAAGAGUAUCUCCAAAAAGCGCUUGUCAUCACAACUGAAAUUGGCUACAGAGGAGGGGAAGCAUUAUGUUAUGGAAACUUAGGUACUGUGUUUAGGUCGCUUGGCCAAUACGACAAGGCUGAAGAGUAUCUCCAAAAAUCGCUUGUCAUCAGAACUGAAAUUGGCGACAGAGGAGGGGAAGCAUCAUGUUAUGGAAACCUAAGUACUGUGUUUCUGUCCGUUGGCCAAUACGACAAGGCUGAAGAGUAUCUCCAAAAAGCGCUUGUCAUCACAACUGAAAUUGGCGACAGACAAGGGGAAGCAUCAUGUUAUGGAAACCUAGGUACUGUGUUUACGUCGCUUGACCAAUACGACAAGGCUAAAGAGUAUCUCCAAAAAGCGCUUCUAAUCAGAACUGAAAUUGGCGACAAAAGAGGGGAAGCGUCAUGUUAUGGAAAUCUAGGCACUGUGUUUAGUUCGCUUGGCCAAUACGACAAGGCUGAAGAGUAUCUCCAAAAAGCGCUUGUCAUCAUAACUGAAAUUGGCGACAGACGAGGGGAAGCAUCAUGUUAUGGAAAUCUAGGUUCUGUGUUUACGUCGCUUGGCCAAUACGGCAAGGCUGAAGAGUAUCUGCAAAAAGCGCUCGUCAUCAGAACCGAAAUUGGCGACAGACAAGGGGAAGCAUCAUGU